CUUCCGUAGUAAACAGUAUUCAGGCCGCGUGUGUUGAUAACACUUAAAACGAAAGUAGAACGUGACAACAUCGCAAAAACACGUCUGAAGUUAUAGUUCGCAAGAUGGGGGAUCAUCUCCUCGUUGCUGCUAUUGACUUUGGUACAACAUACUCCGGCUACUCCUUUGGAAUGGUCAGUGACCUGGAUAAGGACCCAAUGAAAAUUCAUGCAAAUCAAGCUUGGGUUUCCGGUCAACAGAAUUUGUUGUCCCUGAAGGCCCCCACGUGUCUUCUCCUGGAUAAAUACGAAAAUUUUAAGUCGUUUGGAUACGAGGCAGAGAAUCACUACUGUAACAUCUUGAUAGACGAAGAGAUGGAGGACUACUAUUUCUUCUACAGAUUUAAAAUGAACCUACAUGAAAACGAGGAGUCGUUGGAAAACAUGAAAAUAAAAGAUGCUGGUGGAAAACUUCUACCUGCAAUUAAAGUCUUCUCGCUUUCAAUCAAGGCGCUCAGAGACCAUUUACUGGACAUGCUAGACACUAGGGGCACAACCAUGACAUCGGACGAAGUGCUCUGGGUACUCACAGUGCCUGCUAUUUGGACAGAUUCCGCUAAAAUGUUCAUGAGAAAGGCAGCCAUCAAGGCGGGAAUUAAAGAUCACCGUUUGAAGCUAGCUUUGGAACCUGAGGCGGCUUCUAUAUACUGUCAGUACAUUCCGGUGGAUCGCACAAAAGAACAGCGAGGUUUCGGGGUUUCUGCUGUGGGUACGAGAUACAUGGUUAUUGAUCUAGGGGGUGGAACUGCUGACAUUACCGUUCAUGAAAAGCUGGAUGAUAGUUUAUUGAAAGAACUAUACAAAGCAAGUGGCGGAGCAUGCGGAGGAACCGCCAUGGACACCAAAUUCCUUAGUGUCAUCAAGGAAAUCGUAGGAGAGGUCGUCUUUAGAGAGUUCCAGAGGGUUCAUGUAGAGGGCUACACGGAUCUUCUGAGAGAAAUCGAAGUGUUCAAGCGAAAUAUCAAACCAGAGAGUGAGGGCAAAAUUUCUAUGACCAUACCUUUUGCUACCCUUCAGGAACUAUGUUCCGUCAUGUUAGAUAAACCAUUUAAGGAUCUGCUAGCCGAUUCUUCCAUAUCUAAAGAUGUUUCUCUUACUGCAGGAAAACUGCGUUUCAAAGUUGACUUUGCAAAACAGCUUUUUACAUCUGUUACUGAUCAGAUUGUUGAGUACAUUAGGGUAAUUUUGCUUCAACCAGAAGUGGAAGGCGUUCAGAGAUUCUUACUGGUCGGCGGUUUCUCUGAAAGUCCUAUGGUGCAACAUGCCAUAAAAACAAAUUUUCCAGAAAAACGUCUUAUCAUCCCACAAGAAGCUGGGUUAGCCGUAUUAAAAGGUGCUGUAUUGUUUGGUCAUAGACCAAAAACUAUCAAGAGCAGAAUAAUUAAGUAUUCAUACGGCGUAAAAACCACGCCAAUAUUUGAUCCAAAAAUCCAUGAUCCCAAACGAAGAUGUACCAUUAACGAAAUUGACCGAUGCCAGAACGUGUUCGGUUCCUUCAUGAAAUCUGGUACUGCCGUUGAAUUGAAUCACGAGGUGGAAAAAACGUACCAAACCAACGAGGCGUUUCAGCGAAUCGUUCCUCUUGAUUUGUUCUUCACGGUAAAGGAGGACCCCAGGUAUAUUGACGAGUCAUUUGUUCAGAAACUAUGGAAAAUGGAAAUCAAAAUUCCAAACCCUAGUCAGCAUCCACGAAAAGUGAAAGUUCUCUACAUGUUCGGUGAUACUGAGUUAAUAUUGAAUGCCGUGGAGAUGGACACUGGCACGCCCUGUGAAGCAGUGAUUGGUGGAAUAUGUUAGUUACUGUACGGAUAGUUGUUGCAACCAGAAUAUUUCCCGCAGUUUCAAAUGAUACCCAGCUAUUAAAACGAAAGUAAUACUAAUGUAAAUGAAUCCAGCAAUUAGCCCAUUCCGGGUUUCUUUAGAGGUAUUGUUUUGUUCCUGAAAUAUUACACACUUGCCAUCAUUUUCUUUAAAUUGGCACACGGACAAUUACAUGUAUAUCGCUUGGGUUUGAAUUUAUUAUUAAAAAGUAUUCUUUAAUGGCAAAGUGGAACCCAAGCGACAAAAUAGCCCGUGCUUCAGUAGCAUUUUCUGCGGUGUUCAAUAGGGCUUAGCUUCCUGUCAUUUUCUGCGGUGUUCAAUAGGGCUUAGUUUCCUGUCGUGGAUACAUUGAUCCUGCGAGUUCAAACAGCAUACUUAGUCAAAGGCUGAGGGAUGAAGUUGCAUUGUUUGUUUAUACAUGUACUUACUAUUCAUUAAAUCAGAUAUAUCAUUUAAA